AUCAUUCCCCGGAUGCUGUCCCGAGCUUCUACGUCUCCCGGAUGUGCCUUCAUUUUAUCUGUGAAACAAAAAUGGGCAUGUAUCUGGUUAGCCUCUGGGAACGAGAGAAAAAUUCAAACUUUCCAAUGUUUUAAGACAGGGGUUACCGAAUUCUUCAAACGUAUGAGUUCAAGCUUCAAAAUACUGGCAGUCUACAGAAGAUAAAUGAAAUCACAAGGAAAAACGAAGGAGGUGAGUGCUGGUCAAGUGUUGGGAGAGUUGAAGUUGAAGUAACUUGAACCUCAAGUUGGACUUCACCUUCAAGUUGUUGACAGGGAUUUUGCCAUCCCCCCUUCCCUGUCCACCACCCCUGGGUGCAGAGUGAUGACUUCACAUCAGAAUGAGAAUGUCAGCCCUCCCUUGCUUGUACCACAGAACUCCUCUACCCAUCAAGGUAGGCCUCACACACAGCCCAACCAGCUGGACUCAUCCCAUAGCAGCGGUGGCGGCAGCAGUAGUAACAACAGUGUAACUGCAUCCACGGUGCGCAGAGGAGCCAUGGGAGGCAUGUCUUCCUCAGCCCUCAGCCCAAGCACGGUGGCCCUAAACAGGGCAGCCUCUGCCUCCUGUAGCACCUCUGCGUCGUCAAGGAGACCCACGUCUGGACGUUAUGAACCCUGGCCCGAGGAGGCCGUGGACAAUGCCUACGGGCUGUACUCGUUGCACCGCAUGUUCGACAUUGUCGGGGCGCAGCUCACGAACCGCGAUGUGCGCGUGCUGUCGUUUCUUUUCGUGGACGUCAUCGACGAGUAUGAACGCGGUGGUAUCCGCAACGGACGGGACUUCCUGCUGGCGCUGGAGCGGCAGGGUAGGUGUGACGAGACCAAUUUCAGACAUGUACUUCAGCUGCUCCGCAUCAUCACCCGGCACGACCUGCUGCCCUACGUCACGCUCAGAAAAAGACAGACAGUUUGUCCAGAUCCAGUGGAUAAGUACUUGGAGGAGACGUCAGUGCGUUAUGUAUCCCCCAGAGGCACAGGGGAGAACAGAGAAGGCACAUCGCACAGAAGGACAGGUCUGGGGCCCCAGCCUCUGAUAUGCUGCUCCCCCUCGGGGCCCCGGGUGUGUCCCCCACGUGCCAAACCAGGCCCCUCAGUCCCCAGUCGCAAGAGGAAGAGGGCCCACUCCAGCGCAGACUGCAGGGAGAAGCAGACAUGUGAUAUUCGUCUCCGUGUGCGUGCUGAAUACUGCCAGCAUGAGUCAGCCCUGCAGGGCAACGUCUUUUCCAACAAGCAGGAGGCGCUGGAGCGCCAGUUUGAGCGUUUCAACCAGGCCAACACCAUCCUCAAGUCGCGUGACCUGGGUUCCAUCAUCUGUGACAUCAAGUUCUCCGAGCUGACCUACCUGGACGCCUUCUGGCGGGACUACAUCAACGGCUCCCUGCUGGAGGCCCUCAAAGGCGUCUUCAUCACGGACUCGCUCAAGCAGGCCGUGGGCCACGAGGCCAUCAAGCUCCUCGUCAACGUGGACGAGGAGGACUAUCAGGCCGGGCGGCGCAAGCUGCUGCGGAACCUCAUGGCCGGCAGUGCUGCAGCCGGAGCCAGUGGGAGCAGAGAGACUACAUCAUAGUACCAUUUCACGGAAUGUUUCUGUUGUGGUAGGAAUGAGAGCAAAGUUGGUAAGCGGGGGAUUCUAGUGAAGGGAGUGAGAAUAUUGACUUCAUAGAAGAAGAGGAGGGAGGGUUUGGAGGUUUUUUCGCACGCUGAAGGAAAGGUAUGUGUGUGGUAUGAAGCGCAGUGCAACCAAUGACUGAAGUAUUUUGUGAGGCGUCAUACAAAGUUGAGUGCCAGGUGCCACUAUGCUAUGAGUUAUUUUAAAGACACGUGGAAUAAGUCAUUUUGAGGGAUAAUGAAUGGCAAUGGAGACAUUUAGUUUUGGCUUUCUUUAUCUAAUUCAGUGUGAUAUUUUCUUUCGUAACCCGAAAUCAUGAAACAUACUUAUUACACAUAUUCACUGUGUACCCCCCCCCCCCCCCCCCCCAGUCGUUUGCUUUUGCAGCUGUUCCCGAAGUGAAUUUGUUGAGAAAUGAGAUGGAGAUGUUCCUGUCUAACUGCUUGCUCCAGAGAGGAACUUGCCACAAUAUUUGGGAUUUUGUAUACAGAAAUAAGUUUUUACCACCAUCUUCAAAUGGGUUUAUAUCUAAAGUGUAUAUUCUCAUAAAUAGUUACAUGGUCAAUAUUUGUAUGAAGUCCAGUACAUACCAAGAGCAAGUUAUAAUUUGAAGCAGGCUUAGGUCAUUUUUGUUUAAGGAAAAUUUGGAAGGACAUGAUCUGUCAAUAGGGUAUGUCAGAAAUACUGAAGGUUCAGUGUUCAGAACAGUGUAUUUCUAAGUUGAGUAACUAAUGCCUUCGUACCAGCCAGAGGCUAUUAUUCCCCAUUUAGUUUAACAGUUAACCAGUUAAAUGCAAUGAAUGCUCAUUAUUUAAUUUCGUUUUGGGGUAGUUAAUGUGUACUUAAGUUGAUGGCAGAAAUAAUUGACUUGGAGCAUAUUGAAAAUGAAGCCUUCUAGUACCCCGAAAGCCAUUUUGAACAAUCACUGUCAGCAAGCAGACAAGGUAAGCUAGAUGGGGGAUUAAAGCAAAUGGCACCAGUUCCUUAAAAUUUAAACUAUCAUUUUAUGGUGAAGGGAAUACUGUGAACAAGCACUGGAGUUGGCUGAUUACGCCUGUGUGGCAGUAACAUUAUUAUUAAUGGUUAAAAGGAAUGGAACGAAAGAUGUGGACUUGGUGACACAAGAGGCACACACUUGAAGGUCAGUUUUGAAGGACAGUUUUUAUUUUGGACCAAAUCCAACCUCAUUGUACAUCUUUUAUUCCUGUCUUUUCUUUCUUUUCUUUUUGAAUGGACAGUAUCAGUUUCGAGGCAUGUCCAGUUUAUUUAUAUAUUUUCCAUCCGGAAGAAAGUUCUUUGUCACUGUCAAUCACAUGCAUUUUCCUAAACAGUCACAAUUAUUAUACACAAAUAAAUGAUUAGUCUGAACAGGCCUAUCUGUUAUAAAUACAUAAAUAAUCCUCACGAUUGAUUCACAUGCCAACAUCUAAGAUCUCAAACCACAACUGACGCUUAGACAUUCUGAAUAAUACUGCGUUAGUGUAAAGGUUCUGAUUGUUCUGACUGCAGGAGUUUGCCACUGGAGGCACUUCAGGGGGUCCUGGGGUUCUUACAUGGGCAGCUUCCUUGGGCAGUCCCUGGUGUCACCAUGAGCAUUGGUUUUAGUGUUCUGGUUGGAUUAGCGUGCUUUAGGAGGUUGCUCUGAUUGUGUUUGUUCUUCUCACUACCCACAUACUCUACGCUAUCGUGUGAUGUACCUUUUUUUUUUUUUUCAUUGCAGUCCCAUGAGCUCUUGGAAAAGAUACUGGACACCUCUAUGUGGUUACAUUUUCCUCACUCCCCGAAAUAGUCUCCAUCAUCUGGAUAAUCCCCCAAAUUAUAGCAAUCUUUGGAGGUGACCAUAUCACAUGUGUGGUGAUUUUGUUUCAUUUUAUCUUAUGUUUAGUUUCUUUGCAUUUCUUUGACCCCCAUAAUUGUACCCAGCUUGUGUAAUCGACUUGUUAACAAACAGGUGCACAGGUUUCUCAUGUUUACCCUUACUCAAAUAAAAUGGCAAGAAUCGUUUGUGAAAUUUCAGAGACAAGAUGCACCGGAAAAUACCAAAGCUGUUCUCUAAACUAGGACUGGUGAAUGGUGUCUUUUCCCCCCAAGCCUUUUUUGAGUUGCUUUUCGAUUUCCUAACAGUUGCUCGUUAAGUACUUGUCAAAAAAAGAAUCUGAAAGAAGAGAAAGACUGGGAACUGGUAUCCAAUGUCAAGGGUCUCUUGGUUCAUGGCUUUUGGUGACUCAAGGCCACAUGUCAGCAUUACUGAAAACUUCACCAUACAAAGACAAAAAAAGGACUUUUUAUGUUUUCCUAAUGGAAUUAACAAAAUGUUACAAUCUGGUAUCUAUUAUAUAGGUUAUAUGUUCUAUCGAUUGUGUUCGAGUGUCUGUCUUUAUAACUUGCAUGUAUAUGAUGUUGAUCCCCCACAAACACCACAGAGCAAAAAAAAAAAAAAAAAAAAAACAUGAAACAUAACAAACUGUGUUCUCUGUAGGUUUAAAAAAUUCUAGUUGUUUCUAACAUUUUUAUACUUUUCUUUUCCAAGAGAAAAUAAUUUGGACUGACAUGUUGAAAACUGUACUGUCAACUUACUAGAAGAGAUCGGAAGGGAGCACUUUAUUUUUUAUUGUUGCAGAUGUUCACCUUUAGGAUCCAUGCAUAGUCAUAUACGUCAUUCCGAAACGUAGGAGAUGGUGAGCAGCAUUCGCCUUAUGUUGCUUUAUGACUAUUUGAUUUUUGAAUAUUCUUAUUUGUGUUGACCAAGAAAGAGAUUGUGUUCAGUGAAUAUUUACAUACAUAAUAGUAGACUGAUGCAUUCAAUGUCCGUACAAA